AUGGUUCAAGCCUGCCGCUGUACCAUCAUGCUGGAUGUUAUUACCAUGAACCUGCUUUCUCUCAGUAGCCCAACCAGCUCUGCAACUUAUGUUGAUAGUUCUCCUAGGCAGAAAGCAAGCUGCAAGGUUCAUUAUCACAUGAACCAGCAGUCGACAUAUUCCUCAUCGGAUGAUGAGGUAGAAGAUCUCAGGCGACAUCCCACUGGCAUGUCACCUAGUACAGAGAACAACUUUAAUGUUCCUGCUACCAGCUUUAUAUCUCAUGCGCCAGAGAUUUUAAAUGAGUUGAAUCUUCCCCCAGAUCACCUCAAAGAACUUGUUGCAGCUCAGUUUGCUACCUGUGAGAAGUUCCGCAACCAACUUGUCUCAAUGCUGUGGGAGCUUGAGGAAUCAAAGAGGUGGACAAAGGUCGUGAAGCGCACUCUCAGCAUGGUGCAGAAAGAGCAUACCACUGCUCAGUUAGCACUACAAACCUGGCUUCAAUCUGUGGAGAAGACACUCAGUGAAACAACUCAGGAACAAACAUCCAGCAACUACAGCAAACAGAAGGAGAUGUUUUGUUCUGUCCAGGCAAAAUAUGAGGAUCUGGAAGGACUUGCGAUCGCUCAUGGGAUGACAGAUCAGGACUUGGCCAUGAUGGAUGACAACUGUCACUCAAUGAUGAGCGAUGAUGGCAAGGACAGUUACUCAGCAAUGAGCAAUGAUGAGGACUCUUACCCAAGCACUGGCUGUAAUUAA